AUGCCGCAGAUAGUGGGCCAAUUCAGUGGAAUGCCUACCGAAGAUCAUCAUCUACAUUUAAGACUAUUUAUGGAGGUGAGUGAUUCUUUCAAGUUAGCUGGAGUACCCAAAGAUGCAUUACGAUUGAAGCUGUUCCCAUAUUCGUUGAGGGACAGAGCUCGAGCCUGGAACAGACCACCAAGUGCUUUACCUAGUGAUACGGAGAAUCUGAGAAAUUUGAGGAAGGAGCAUUGCAAAUCAUUAACAUUGAGGAGUGGAGAGAGAGUAGAGCCUAACACCAUUGAAGCUGAAAAAGAGCAAGCUGAUGCUCAAGAAUCAGAGGAAGAUCAACCGAGCGUUGAAAUUCCAAUUUCACAAGAACCAGAAUCUGCAAAACCAGAUAAGGUAAUUUCAGAACUAGCUAAUUCUGAUCAACUAACAACCCUGUCAGAUGCAGAAUUACCAUAG